AGGACGAUAUAAUUACUGUAUUUCCUCCGCUAAGUGCCCGGGCGCUGGAUCGAGUCAGGAAGGGGCUCCUAAUAUAGAGGUUGGGCGCUUGUUCCAAGGGCGAUUUACUUAAGAGGAGCUCGCUUAUUGGAGGAAAUACGGUGAUUGAAAUUGUUUACGUUUUUGUUGUCUUCGGCUUGUUUCAGGUCCAUGUGGUUGAGUCUUCAAGCAUUGCUGAUCAUUGUAGGACUUACGCCUUAAGUUACUCAACAGACUCUGACUUCCAAGGCCACUGCAGUCAUUCACACAACGAAACAUGUGCACAGUGUUGCCAGCUGCAAGAAGUUCUAAGCAUCUUGGAGAGUGAGUGUUCAAGUGCAGUUUGUAAUGAGGAGCAGAAAUCGGACAUGCUACACGCUGUUAAGCAGGCCAGAAAUAAUAUCAUGAGCUGGAAAGCCCACCAGUUGCACUCCGUUCACCAAGAUCAGGCCAAAUGUUCUGUUCUAGCUAAAAUGAAGAGCAAAUGCGACGUGUUACUAGUGCAGGAUUGGGCAAUGAAAUUUAUGCCACGAAAAUUUCGAGAGCCGCAAUCAGACUGGUUUGCUAAGCGCGGUUUACCAUGGCACAUAACAGUUGCUAUUAGGAAGUCGGAAGAAGGCGAGCAGUUUGAGUCUCAAACAUUCGUACAUGUCUUUCAGAACUGUUUAUAAGACAGUGCUGUAGUGGUAUCGAUAAUGCAGGAUUGUCUUGUUUCGCUGAAGAAGGAAAUGCCGGAAUUAGAAAGGGCGUUUUAUAAACAAGAUAAUGCUGGCUGUUACCACAAUGGAUACACUAUCAUUUCAGCAAAAUUUGCAGGCGACAUUGCUGGCGUGGGCGUGGAACGGAAUGACUUUCCCAAUCCUCAAGGUGGAAAAGGAAUAUGCAACCGCCAAGCAGCGACUAUUAAAGGAGACAUUGGAAGAUAUGUAAACGAGGGCAAUGAUGUGACAACAGCAAUUAAGCUCAAAACAGCCAUAGAGUCUGGUCCAAGAUCUUGCGCUAAGGCUAGUUACGUUACAUUCAACCCGUCAAGCACUCAGCACGUCAAAUGGGAUGGUGUAAGCUUACUCAACAACUUCAAGUAUGAGGAGAACGGAAUACGAGCGUGGAGGGCAUUUAACGUGGGUCCUGGAAAGUUGCUACCGUGGUCUCAGUUUGAAGGAGUUUUGCAGGUCCCGGAAACUCUUGAAGUGGUUGAUCCCCCAUCGCAGAAAUUGAGUACUAAGCCAUCUUUCAAGAAGGUGAGACACAGACAUGUAAAUAAAAAAUCUGCAAGUGAUCCAAACGCAGCCAGUGAUGCCAAUAGCCGAGAACAAGAAGGUGAUGAUGGUGAAAACGAGCAAGCCUUGCCACUUUUCCCAUGCCCCAAGGAAGGGUGCAUUAAAACAUACAGCCGCUUUGUAUCAUUACAAGCACAUCUAGACACGGGGAAACACAAGCGACUACCUGAACAGGAAACGCUGUAUGACAAAGCAAAACGAGGAUAUACUUCAAAGCUAAUGGAUGAAGGUAGCAGGAUUUCCACUGUGCAGUUACAAUGUGAAGAACAAAACAGCUAAUGCUUUUCACCCCUUACAA